UUUACAGCAGCUGAAUAUCUGUAAUAAUAACAAGGAUAAGAAAGAUUAAUUUUUAAAAGUUGUUCAUAAGUAAAACAAAUCAAUUGCUAAAAUGAAGAAUUUAAAAAUGGGUUUAUUUUGUUUGAAUAUCUAAUAUUUACUAAUUGGAUAUCACUUAUAGGCUGCUCUAUCUAAGGAAUUACUAAUUUAAGAGGAAUUUCAAAAUCCUUAAAUUACUCCAUAAGAUGUAAGUGGAUGGUUGGUAAAUAAUAUCACAACAUGCUAAUAAAGUAAUUUCUUAGAAUAUAAUGGAUAGGUUUUUGGAGUUUUUUCUAAUGAGACACCUUCAAACAACAAAACUUAUUCUAAUUUACCUCCUCAUUGGAGUGCUUUAGUAAGGUUAGAUUUGAUGUUAUAUGGAUGUGUAAAUUCUCAAUUAGGUGAUAUUGUUGGAAUUACUAUCGACUCAAAUAGCAUCUAAGAAUAUUAAAAAUACUAUACCGAGGGUAGUCCAAUUUGUUCAAAUAAUACAUAAUAGGGCAGAAAUUGCUAAGAUAUUGUUUUUCCAUAUCAAAAGAAUGUUACUCACACAGCUAGUUAACUAAAAAUAGUUAUUGAUUCUAAAUUUUUUGGAGAAAUUAAUAAAGUAAACUAUAAAGGUUAUGCAUUUAAACAUGUUUCUAUUUUUAUUGAUACAUGCUAUGAUACUUGUCAAAUCUGUAAUGGUCCAUCUCCAAAGAAUUGCUCAUCUUGUAUUUAAAAUGCAAAUUUUAUAGAUGGUGUUUGUACUUGCGCUAAUUAAUUUUUUGCUCACAAAUUUUAGUGUGUUCAGACUUGUCCUGAUGGUUUUAUUGGAAAUGAUGCAACUAAAAUAUGUGAGCAAUCUAAAUGCUAAAACAGCUGUAAAAGUUGUGUAAAUUAAUCUUGCACUAUUUGCAAUACUCCAUAUAAAUUAAUGAAUGGAGAGUGCUUUCUUUAGUGCCCUAAUUAUUCCUCUCAAAAAGGAGAUUCUUGUGUGGACAAAAUCUCAAAUUUUAAUUAUGGGGGAUACAUUCUUAAAGGGCUUUACUCUUCCGUAUUCGGUGAUAGCGAAAUAUAAGGCUAGGGUUUAACACUUUUAAAUAAUGGUGGUGCAACUUUUAGUAGCUGCUCAGGUGAAAGAUAUUUAGGUGGAUGGAAUAUUGCAGGAAAAGACUCACAAAUAAGAUUUGAAAGUUAAAUCACUAAACCUCAUUGGUCAAUAAGGAUAGGCUUCAAGUAUAUAAUGAUAGAUAAAUGGUAGAGUAAUGAAUUUAUCUAAAUUAUUUUAAACGAUAUGUAGAUACUUUCUAAUAUCACUAAAGAUUCAGGUUCCUCAUCAGGAGGUAAUAUUUGUGGUAACUCUACUGCAGAUUCAAUUGGAAUUUAUGACAUUACUAUAGCAUAAACUUAUUCACGUUUUUCUAUUAUAAUAAAUUCUACAAUUCAAGAUUCAAAACUUGUUGAAACUUCUUUCGGAAUAAGAGAGAUGUAUAUCUUAGUAUAUUAUUGUCAAGAAGGUUGUCUUGAAUGUGAUUAAACAGGAUGCACAAAAUGCUCUUAAGGUACUUAUUUAUAUUAACAUAACUGCUAAUUAAAUUGUCCGACAGAUCUUGGAUAUUGGGCCAAUAGUUAAACAAACACUUGUGAUUCUUGUUAAGGAAAUUGCUUAACAUGCAAUGGAUCUGGUAUAUUUUUAAUUUAUUAAAUUCGUUAAAAUUUUUAUUAAUUUAUAUUUUUAUCUCUGCAGCAACUGCAUGUCUUAAGUGCAAAACAGAUACAUAUUUAUUUAAUUAAGCGUGCUCAAAAACUUGUCCAGAUAAAUAUAUUCCAAAUUAAAAUACACUAGUAUGUGAUUAGUGUCAUUAGAGCUGUAAAACAUGCAAAUACCCAAAUGAUGAAAAUGAAUGCACUUCUUGCGAAAGUCUUCUAUAUUUAAAUGGUUCUUAAUGUGUAGAUAAAUGUCCUGAUAAAACGUAUUUAAAAACAAAUGGAAAUAAAUGUUAAUCUUGCUAUUCUACUUGUUUAAAAUGUACUGGAUAGUUUUAAAACUAAUGUCUAAGAUGCAUUAAGAGUUAUUUUUUUUAUAAAGGAGAAUGCUUAAAAUAAUGCCCAAUAAGCACAUAUCCACAAAAAAUGUGAAAAUCUUGAUAAUAAAAGUAUUAAUUAAUUACUUUCUAAAAUAAUAUUAUUGAGCUUCCUUAACCUUUAAACAUUCUGAUAGUUUUACUCAAUAAUAAAUUAUUAGCUGAAAUCCAAAAAGUUUAGUAUUAUUAUUUAUCUUAAGACGAGUACUUACUUACUUACAAGAGAUACAAAAUCUAUCUAAAGAAAAAACAUAUUUUUAAAAAUUCUUGUUUAAUAAAUAAAUAAUUUUUUAGUAUUAAAUGACCUACUUAAAACAAUAAAUAAGUUUUUGAUUUUCGAAUAUUUUAAUUUAAGUCUUUUGUUAAAGUCAUAUACAUACAUACAUACAUACAUACAUACAUACAUACAUACAUACAUGCAUACAAUUAUUAAGUUAGAAGUUAAAAAAUAAUUAGAUUUGAUAAAAAAUUAACAUUAUGAUUUAAUGGAAAUAAAUAUAAUUUCUAAAAUAAAAUAUUUAUUUAAAACUAAAAAAAUAAAACUUAUUUGUUGUUCAUAAAAAUAUAAUUAAUUAUUCUCAUCAAAUAUUUCUAUUUAUGUUUCUUUCAUCUAUCUAUCUAUCAAUCAAUCAAUCAAUCCAUCCAUCCAUCCAUCCAUCC